AUGCUGGGCUCCUUGGACGUGCUCUAUAGCGUCCUCAUCCACAAGCUGAUGGCGGUGUAUGAGGAGCAGGAAGCCCAGCAAAGGGGUGUGGCUAACACAAGGUUAGCGCAGAGCCCUGAUGUCUACCAAUCAGAGCUCUCCGUCUUCCAGCCAAUCGCAGGGGGAGAGAUUGAAGUGAAUUCCUCCGUCCUCAAGUCCAACACCCCCCUGUUGGUGAGAAGCAGCAGUGACUCAGCGCUCAGCCCCCAGCCGACAGACUCUGAACCCCCCCUCAGUGAGGACACCACCGGGAUGGCGGCAAGUCCAGCUGUGGAAAAAGCAGCAGGGUUAGACCGACCCCCCAGCAACCACACCUCCAACGACAGGCAGACACAAGGGGCGAAAGGAGAGCCUGGUAUCAUCCUGGGGCCGGACGGGAGACCUCAGUACCUCGGGGGUCUUGCAGGACGUCCGGGUGACGCUGGACCCCCGGGCCCUGAGGGACCUUCAGGUCCUUAUGGUGCUUCAGGACAUAAAGGAGAGAUUGGGAUUCCAGGCAGACCUGGUCGCCCGGGGCUGAACGGCGUCAGAGGAGAGAAGGGAGACUCAGGAUCAGGAUCUGGGUCUGGAGUUGGUUACCCUGGUGUUCCAGGUCCCCCCGGCCCCCCCGGACCUCCUGGAUCUUAUCCCACAGACAGACAGGGAGGAUAUGACGAUCAUUCCAGAUAUAACCACGCUGCUAAAGGAGAUAAAGGGGACCCCGGACCCCCAGGCAGAUUUGAGAUUACAGGAGGCGGGUCGACCUUUGACAUCUACUCCCUGAGGAAUGAGAUGAAAGGGGAAAGUGGCACCCCGGGCUACAAAGGGGAUAAAGGAGAACCGGCCGGGGGAUAUUAUGACCCCCGAUAUGGAGUGAGCGGGGCCGGAGCACCUGGACCCCCGGGUCCAAGAGGAGACUCCAUCGUUGGGCCAGCAGGCCCUCAGGGGCCCCCCGGUCAGCCAGGGAGAGGCUAUGAUGGUCAGCAAGGACCCCCAGGGCCCCCUGGACCUGCAGGAGGAUCCACACCUGAAGUUUACAGAGGCACACAGAGUGAGUUAGGCCUGACUAGAACAGUGGAGAUCCUGGGAGAUGACAGUCCUCUGGGAAUCCACGUGGUCCCUUACAGCUCAUCCCUCAGUGGACGGUCUCUCGGUCUGUUCAUCCGCGGAGUGGAGGAGGAGAGCCGCUCACGAAAGGAAGGCCUGUUCCAAGAGGACGAGUGUAUAGUCAUGAUCAACAAUAAGGACCUCAUGGACAAGACCUUCAGCCAAGCUCAGGAAGUGUUCCGUCAGGCGAUGCGCUCCCAGGUUGUCCGCUUGGAAGUAGUUCCCUCCUCCAACAGAGAACGCUAUGAGAAGAGUUUUAUUGGUCAGCUGAUUGGAAACAAUGCCGGUCCAGACAGCAGUCCUCGGGUGGCCAAGUCCAAACCACCGCCUCCCCCCAUCAAAGCCAAACCUGUGUUCAAGCCCUCUGAGAAUCCAGCCAUGCGAUUGGCAGAGGAAGCUGCCUCCACAGAAGCUGCUGUUAGUGUAAGUUCUCUGCUCGAAGUCAACUUGACCUGA